AUGGCGAUUAGCAUAUCGCUGUUCGGAAAGCUUCUUGGAAGACGGCGUUUCAUGGAGAUCGUUCUUGAGCUGAUCAUGAUGUGUCUUGCAGGUCCAUCGAGAGCUUACGGUGGAACGUUCGAAAACCGAAUAAUCACCUUGUUCUGUCUGAUGGGUAUAGUUCUAGUUUCGUCCUAUCAAUCAUUGGUAAUAUCGUUUAUGUCAUUUGUGCGUUACGGUCCGGAGAUAAACACGCUGGAGGAGAUAUAUGAGCGUUCAGUGGUUGAGUCUGGUAUCUACGAAUACUAUUACAACAACAAAACGAGACCAAGCAUGCAAUUUGAACAGAUGAAGUUCAUAGAUCAACUUGUUAACAUAGAAGAUCUGCUGUUGUUGUGGAUUGCAUACAUAGGUGGAAUGUUGCUAAGCAUACUAUGCUUUGUCAUGGAAUCAAUAGUGCAUAAAGAAAAUAAAGGGCAUCUGACCCAACGAUGA